AUGCCUUCCUCCAGAACAGUAGAUGCGCUAUCAAAUGCUAUAGUUGCUCGGUUCCUGCGCAGCCAUGACUAUUCCGAUACAUUGAAGGCUUUUCUCCGCGAGGCUGACCUUGCUUCCGACGUGGGGCAGACCUCUGGCGACGACACCAACAACUGGACCAUCCAAAGCUUGCUCGAGGAGAAGAACACCUUUGACCAAACCGUAAAUUUUGAAAGAUAUGGCAAUGAUCAUCAGCAGUCGACUCUAUGGAGCGAGCCAGCACCAUCAAAACCCACUGUCGUUCAGACACCGACAUCAUCGAAUGUCCUUUCUGCGUCCGUAGAGCAAUGGCAGAAGCCCCUCGGCGACGAGGAUGAAGCAGAUACUGCACCAGCGCAGUCUUAUAUCGUCUCCACGAGUGCAGACAAAAAAGUCCACUUGCUCGAGAAAGCACAAGACAAUGCGGCGAUCAAAUCAUUCUCCGAUCUCUCUGAUACACCCAUUCUAUCAUUUGUCUCGAUUCUCCAGGGCCGGUACAUCCUCAUGACCAACAUGGCUGGCCAGCUGAUCCUCCAGCAUGGAUCCAAAACGUUGGAAAUCAGAAAGGAGCACGCAAAGUACGCAGUGAAGGUGGUAGCCUACGAAGACAAGACCGAUCCAUCUAAGUGGUGGGUCGCCACCGCGGGAUGGGACGAGUGUAUUUUCUUAUAUUGCCUCAACAUCCCCGAUGAAGCAGACGCACCAGCUCUCAAGAUCGGCGAGCCCGUCGCAUGCAUCGAACUCAAUUCGAACCCAGAAUCACUGCUGUUCGUCCCACAUAUCGACACCAACGAGCUACUCCUCCUCGUCUCGCGCAGAGACUCGACCUAUAUCUACUACUACAAAGUCGACGCAUCGGAGGCUCGUCUCCUUGGAAACCAGAACCUGGCCCCACAUUCCAAUGCCUGGAUCGCGUUCUCGCCGUCCGAUAUGGCGCUUAGUCCACACGACCCGAGCCUACUGGCCGUGGCGACAUCGACAUUGCCCCAUAUGAAAGUCAUCAUCGUGCGUCUGCUAUUCCCUGCCAUGAAGACGGCACCCGCUUCAGAGGACCCGGUGACACAGACGUCUCAGGCACUGGCAAUGCUGGAAAUACAGAAUCGUGAGGAUGCUGCGAUCCUCGUGCAGGCGAAUACCUUCGCACCGCAGACUGAUUACUCCACGCCGCAGUUGGCGUGGAGGCCUGAUGGGUCUGGGAUCUGGGUUAAUGGAGAUGAUGGUGUUGUUCGUGGUAUCGAAACGAAGACGGGGAAGGUCGUUGCUACGUUGAAGGGGGGCCAUAAAGCGGGAUUUAAGGUCAGGACUGUUUGGUCAGGGUAUGUUGAUGUACCCCAGGAAGAGGGUGAUGCGGUUCAAGAGGAAUGGGUUAUCAGUGGUGGGUUUGAUAAAAAGUUGAUUGUUUGGAAAGUAUGA